UCCUGGGCUGCGCUUCCUCAUGUCUGCGAUACCAGUCAUGAGGCUCUUUACCAUCUUAUCGUUGGCCGUUACACACCUCGUCGUCGCCCAGAAUCCUAAUCCGGCUACCUCAUCUGAAGAUGGAACUGCUGCGGCCACGACAGGUUCAGCACCCGAUGCCGCAAGCACCGAACCCUCGACCUCGACCACGUCACAACAGAUCACUCGCACCGUCUCGGUCGGGGGUACGGGCCAUACCUUCAAUCCUGCUGUCGUCCAACUGAGUCCCGGCAAUGUUGUCGAGUUUGCCUUCUACCCGACCAAUCACUCGGUCAUUCGAGCAGAAUAUAAAUUCCCUUGCAUCCCAUACGAGUUGACGGGCAUUGACAAAGUCGGCUUCGACUCGGGAUUUCGGGUUACUGAUGCCAUCCUGCCAGAGCCCGACACCUUUCGGCUCCUGAUCAACGACUCCGAUCCCAUCUUCUACUAUUGUGGUGCUCCCGGGUCAUGCAUCGACUGGCAGAUGGUUGGCGUCAUCAACCCCAACGCCAGUGUUUCGCUCGAAAUCCAGAAACAGUUUGCCGCCAACUCCUCCUUCAUGUUGUUGCCAGGAGAGCCCUUUCCCAACGAGGCCGACACCCCUUUCCCAACGUCUUCGUCUACCUCUUCUGAAACUGCCUCCUCAACGGGCUCCUCAUCGGGGGCAUCUGAGACCUCCAGCCCUCCAGCCGCGACCAGCUCCAGCAGCGGUCUGUCGAGUGGUGCAAUCGCAGGCAUCGCCAUUGGCGGUGCUGCAGUCGCAGUGGCACUGGCGGCGUUUUUGUUCUACUGUGGACGCAAGUCACGUCGAAACCGGGGUGCGGCGGGCGCUCAACCUCCGAUGGCAUCGGCACCUCCAGCUUAUGUACCACCAGGAGGAGGGUUCGACUAUCACAACUCGAUGCAACCAGGCGGCAUGACGCCGACCAUGAACAAGCAUAUGUCGACCAUGUCAACUGGACCAGUUCCACUUACAGACGCUUUUGGUAAUCCUACGGGUCAAUACUCGCAGCCGGGGUAUCCCGCCGGCUUCCCUCCACAGGCCGGGUAUCCCAUGGGCACGCCUCACACAGCGCCGGGCUGGCCUGGAUCUCCGGUGCCAAACAAUGACAUCUUUGGGCAAGGAAGUGUGGCCCCUAGUCAGGACCAGUCGCAGUUCGCUGCAGGAGCUGCAGGAGCUGAGUUGAGUUCACAACGCGCCAGUAGCCCGGGUUCGGCCCACGCACCCACCCCAGCGGCCGCUGGUGGCAUUCAGGGCUUUUUGCAAAGACAGUCGAGGAUGAGCCCGCCGCCGCAGAAUGAAAUGCACGCCCAACAAACUCAACCGUUGAUGUCGAAUCACCAAGAGACGUCCGCGUCUGGCCCGUUUGAGAUGGGCCCUGGAGGUAGAUAAAAUCAUGGGGCCAGCAUGGCGUUUCUCAGAGCUGGGUAGAGAUGGGCUGGGCUGGACUGGAGAGGGGAGGUGGUCCUUUAUCACUUUCGUUGCCAUAUGGACCGGGUUCCACGAUUGAUGACUACAGAGGCUCGCAUACACAAUGGAUUCCUAGCAGGAUUACCAGUCUUUUG